UCAUUUGUAUUCUUAAUCAGUCGCAAGCAAUAAAAUGUGCAGUUUACAAGAUUAAUUAACAGUAACUCUUUUAUUGACUAAUGCUCGUAAAGUCGAGGCAUUCGUUUUAUCAACUUUAUUUAAUUAAACAUGAUUGAAUCGAAGCAUUUGGCGUUCCAUUGUUUCUGCCUACCCUAAUGGGAGACAGGCGUGACAGAUAUGUAUGUAUGUAUGUAUGUUAAUUAAACAUGCUCUGUAGAGUAAUUAUGUAUUAUACGGUUGUAUUUUUUGUGCCAAAUACAUAAACAUGAUGCCAGUUGCGGAUAUAAUAAAAGAAAUAAGUCAGGAAGAAGGAAAUCAAGUGAAAUACUUUGAAGAUCUUCUAGAAAAAAUCAAAAAGUUAAACAUGAUGUGGAAGGUUUUGCUAUUUGCAUUUGUCGUUACAACGGUCCAAGGGAGAUACGAAAAUGUAAACAUGAAACAAGAUUGGUGGGAGACGGCCAUUUUCUACCAGAUAUAUUCCAGAUCGUUCAUGGAUAGCGACGGAGACGGGGUCGGUGAUAUCAAUGGUAUAACUUCAAGAUUGGAAUAUCUAAAAGAAAUAGGCGUCGAUGUCGCAUGGCUGUCACCAAUUUUCAAGUCGCCAAUGCACGAUUUCGGUUAUGAUGUAUCCGAUUACUAUACUAUACAACCAGAGUACGGUACUAUGGAAGACUUUGAACAUCUUUUGAGAAAAGCUAAUGAUCUUAACAUAAGAAUAGUAUUAGAUUUUGUACCGAAUCACACUAGCAAUGAGAGUGAAUGGUUUAUCAAAUCAUCGAAUAAAGAUGAAUAUUACAAUGAUUGGUACAUUUGGGAAAACGGUUACCUCGAUGAACAUGGCAGAAGGCGGCCUCCAAAUAAUUGGGUCAGUGUCUUUAGGAAAUCUGCUUGGACCUUCAUGACAAAUAGGGAUCAAUAUUAUUUACAUCAAUUUGGAGAAGCGCAACCGGACCUUAAUUUCAGAAAUCCCGUUGUUGUAGACGAAAUGAAGAAUAUUAUUAAAUUUUGGUUGGAAAAAGGUGUGGCUGGUAUGAGAUUGACUUCCAUAAACCAUCUCUUUGAAGCAGACAAAGAUUUAUACGGUGGCCGGUAUCCAGAUGAACCCUUGACUGGGAAACCGGGAUUAGGUCCAGAAGACUAUGGAUAUCUGGAGCACAUCUAUACGAAAGAUCAAGAAGAAGUGUACGAUAUGGUUUCGCAAUUUAGAGACGUUUUUGAUGCCAUUAGUAUUAGAAACAAUAUCACAAGAGUUAUGAUGACGGACGCAAAUACAAAUAUUAAAAAUGCAGUGAGGUAUUACGGUGAGGGGAUCCACUCAGGAGCACAUAUCCCAUUCAAUUUGGCCCUCGUGGAGGACUUGGAUAGGGACUCGGACGCGAGGGAUAUAAAAUAUGCGGUGGAUCGUUGGUUGACUUAUAAGCCUUUGAAGAAACAAGCCAAUUGGCUGAUUGGCAAUCACGAUAAAAGCCGAGUAGCGUCUCGUUUCAGGCCUGAAUUAGUAGACGCGUUUAAUAUGCUUGUUCUACUACUACCCGGCAUUGCGAUCACAUAUAUGGGGGAAGAAAUUGGAAUGAUAAAUGGUUUCGUGCCGUGGAGUGAGACGAAGGACCCUCAAGCGUGCAAUACAGACGAUCCCGUCAAUUUCAUACAAGUUUCCCGUGAUCCUGUCCGUACACCAUACCAAUGGAACAAUGGAAAAAAUGGAGGAUUCUCAACAGCAGAAAAAACCUGGCUUCCAGUUGCUGAUGGCUAUGAACAAUUGAACGUGGCCAACCAAAGAUCGGCCGUUCGAUCCCACUACCAAGUUUACAGGACUUUAACAAAUCUACGUAUACGACCUGCUUUCAAAUAUGGCCGCUACGAAUCUUUAGCUUUGAAUAGUGACGUGUUUGCAUUUAAAAGAUGGUACAACGAUGAUACUUACGUGAUCGUAAUGAACGUUGGUAAAACAUACCACGUUGUUAAUUUGACAGCUUUCGAUCUAGUUUUCGGGCAAUUGGAAGUAGAAGCGAGCAGUGUUCUGUCAUCGAGAUCUUACAGUGAUAAUGUUCAAGCCAAUUAUUUAGAUCUCACCGCAGACGAAGCUUUAGUACUCAGAAUGCAGAUCUGAGAAUUUAAUUACUCACUUCACUUAAUUAUUUGAUAUAUUUAUAUAUAAUAAAUAAAUACAAUUUUAAC